AUGGUGGAUAGAAUUCAAUCCAAAUUUGCCAGCUGGAAGGCCCAAACUUUAUCUAGGGCGGGGCGGCUCACACUAAUCAAGGCUAGUGUUUCGGGUGUCCCCAACCACACUCUGUCGUGUUUCAAGUGCCCUAAAGUAGUCAGUAAGGAAAUGAAUUCAAUCUAUAGACGUUUCUUCUGGGGCCACAACAUUAAAGUUCCCCCUGUGGCCUGGAAAGACAUUUGCUUGCCUCAAAGUAUGGGAGGCCUUGGGGUCAGAUCUGCUUCUCUUUUCAACAAAGCGGCAUUAGCAAAACUAGGUUGGAUCUACUUAACUGAUUCCUCCAAUUGGUGGGCUCAAAUUAUGGUGGAGAAGUACUUGAAGAAGGAGGGUUUUCUUGUGACUGCUAAAAAAACUUCGCAUUCCUCGACUUGGAAAGCCAUCCUUGAGGCACGUUCUGUGCUUCACAAAGGUAUAAGGUGGAUUGUUGGUAAUGGGCAAUCCAUUCCUUUCUGGAGUGCUAAUUGGGUUGAGACCACCGCCAGAAAAGCCUCCACCUCAUCACGGAUAGACCCCUUGGUGUGGAAAAAUAUUUGGAAAGCUGAGGUCCCGCCAAAGAUAAAAAACUUCCUAUGGCGUGCGACCCAUGAUAGGCUACCUACAGCGAUGGCUCUCCACAAACGCAAAAUUGCUCGAACCCCAUUAUGUCCUAUAUGCCAAGCUCAUGAGGAAUCUAUUGAGCAUUUGCUCCUCUUUUGCCCGUGGGUCGAAUUGAUUUGGUUUGGAGGCCCUCUUAAUUAUAAAAUUGACAAGCAGGGAAUUACCACCUUUGACCAAUGGUUGCUGAAAUGUACCAUGGAUGGGCUCCAAUCUAAGGAGGAGAAAAGGCGCAUAUCUUGCAUUAUUGCUGUUACUUGCUGGAUUAUUUGGAAAUCAAGGAACCGUUUUGUCUUUGAUCAAUGCAAACCACAACCCCUCUUGGCCAUCAAAACCAUUCUUUCUCAAGUGGAGGAGCUGGCUGCGUUGAAUAACAAAAGGAAUGUGAGGAGGCUUUACGAAGGACCCUCUCCAAAUCCUACCUCUUGGACAACCCCGGAUGCCCAUGUCAUUAAAGUUAACUUUGAUGCUACUUGGUUGGCAUCCUCUGGCAAAGCAGGAGCAGGUCUUAUUGCACGAAAUGCUAAUGGUGAGUUCGUGGGAGCGAAAUGCCUAUCCUUUCAAGCGGAAUCUGCGAUCAUGGCUGAGGCAAUUGCUGGUUUGGAAGGUUGCAAAUGGGCAUCUGAGCUGGGCUUAUCUGAGGUUUGCUUUGAAUUUGACUCCAAAGAGCUGGUUGAGAGCGUGAAAGGAAACAUAAAACGUGGAAGAUGGAAUCUAUACCCACUUAUAUCAAGGAUUCGUGAAUGCAACUCCAUCUUCUCAAACUGUAACUGGGCAUGGACUGGUAGGAAAAACAAUGAAGCGGCAGAUCAUCUUGCGUCGCUGGCACUAUCGAGGUCGAGUCCGGAAGUCUGGGUAUCCAGGCCCCCCACCUCUCUUGUGCAUAUCUUAAAUCGUGACGGUCUUCCCUGCCCUCCUCGAGCCUCCACAUAG